AUGCUUUCUGCGAUGAAUUUGUUACUUUGCGUGAGCAGUCAGUUGUAUUCUGCGGAUAAUGCAUCAUGCUGUGCGAGCAGUGGAUUAGCGGCCAGGGCUCCAUGUGCAGUCUCGAUGCCUGUGCUUGUGCUUGUAUGCAGAUGGGCGGUGGGGCAUGAUGACGUUGCUGCACACAUGGAAGAAGACUCUGGAUUUGUGAAGAUACGGUACAAUAGCAUGAGGCUU